CGUUGACCUGCGCACGCUUCUUGAAAUACAUUGACGUCCCUGCCGCGCCAUCUUUAGAAAACAGUGAGCCCAACACUGAAUGAAACUUAAUUUCCGUCGUGUGUGAGAGCUGUUCGCUGUAUGGAGUGAUAUCUUUGUGUGUCCAGGUGUUUGAUCAGUAGAGGUGAUCAUGGGGAUCAAGGCUCAGCGCACUCGGGUAUUCCUUGACGUCGGCAUCAGUAAUGUGCUCGUCGGCAGAGUUGUGAUUGAAUUAUUUUCAGACAUCUGUCCCAAAACUUGUGAAAACUUCAGAUGCCUCUGCACAGGUGAAAAAGGUGUUGGUAAAGGAACUAUGAAACCCCUCUACUACAAAGGAUGUCUUUUCCACCGAGUCGUAAAAGACUUCAUGAUUCAAGGAGGAGACUUCAGCGAAGGUAAUGGAAGAGGAGGCGAAUCCAUCUACGGAGGCUUUUUUGAAGAUGAAAGCUUCGCUGUUAAACACAACAAGGAGUACCUGCUGUCUAUGGCCAAUCGAGGCAAAGAUACAAAUGGAUCGCAGUUUUUCAUAACAACAAAACCUUCACCACAUCUUGAUGGUGUCCAUGUGGUUUUUGGUCACGUGAUUUCUGGCCAAGAGGUCGUUCAAACCAUGGAGAACCAGAAGACGGAUCCUAAUAGCAGGCCCUAUGCUGACGUGAAAGUUAUGAACUGUGGGGAGCUCGUCCCUAAAUCCAAAGCAAAGAAAGAUGAAAAAAAGAAAGAGAGAGUCUCUUCCAGCUCCAGCAGUAACUCCAGCGACUCUGAGAGCUCAUCGCAAUCCUCCUCCGAGUCUGAAGAAUCUGAGAAGGAAACUAAGAAGAGGAAAAAGAAGGCGAAAAAGCUAAAAAAGAAACAGAAGAAGGAAAAGAAAAGGUCAGAGGCUGAAAGUGCUGAAGAGAAAGAACAAGAAGAGUUGGUCACAUCUACUGUGCGCCCUGAAGAAAUUCCAGCCAUCCCAGAGAAUCGAUUCCUCAUGAGGAGGAGUCCCCAGGUGGUCCAGAAGCCGAAAGAGGGUGAAAAGGAUUCGUCAAAUAAAGAGGAAAGACCAAGAGAGAGUGCUGGCAUAAGAUAUGAUUCUCAGUCAUCAUAUCACAGAAGACUGGUGAUGACACGAUCUGGGAGGAAGAUAAAGGGCAGGGGUCCUAGGCGCUAUCGGACUCCGUCACGCUCAAGGUCCAGAGAUCGUUUUUGCCGCAGUGAAACCCCUCCACACUGGCGUCAGGAGAUGCAACGUCAGAGGAUGAGGGCAGUCACCGGAGAGCGCUGGAUUAAGGGCGACAAAGGUGACAUGAUUGACGCCAAGGACGAGGCUGCUAAAGCUCAAAGAAGAGAGAGACGGACCUCCGACACAAAGCACGAACACACAGCUGAGGGUAAAAAAGACAAGAAAACUCGAUCACAUAGAUCUAAAAGCAAAGAAGAGGACACAGUUGAAAAGGAAGAGAAGCAUAGCAAACACAAGGCAAAGAAAAAAGAUAAAUCUCAAAGUCGCAGUAAAAGCAGAGAAAAGAGUAGGAGGUCAAAAAGCAGAGAGAAGAGUCACAAGCACAAAAGCGAUGACAGAAAAGGUCGCUCUAAGAGCAAAGAUCGAAAUGCCAAUAAGAAAGAAAAGGAGUCUGAGUCUGAUCACAAUAAAGAUAGUAAUAAGGGAAAUGAGUCUGAUAAAAAGCAUAAAGAGGAUGCCAAAGGCAGAAAUGGUGAGAGAACUAGGACAAAGUCAGAAAGUAAUGAAAGACCAACCACGAAAGAUGCACACAGAUCCAGCAGCAAGAGCAGGGACAGGAGCGGACCUGCAGUGUCAAAAGACAAAGAAGAAAAAAGAGAAAAAGACAGAGAGCGGGGCAGAGAACGUAGUAGGAGUCAGGAAAGACGACGCAACAGUGAAAGGGAGAAUAAGAAGCGGGGAACAUCCAGGGACAAAGAACAUCGAACAAGAAGUCCAGACAGAAGUAAGCCGAGAGACUCGCACAGAGGCAGGCACUCCAGGAGCAAGAGUAAUAAUAAAAGAGACCACAGCAAAGAUCGGUCAUCUCAUAGAAAGGACAGAGAAUCUGGCAACCAAAGGAGAAGACGUAGCAGCACCUCGGAGAGUGAUAGAGAUGAGAAAAGGAAGAGUCCAGAUUCCAGACGUAGAGAAGCAAAUCGUAGCUCCAGAUCUAAAGACAGAAGAAGCCCGGCCAAACCACGACCAGACGGUACAAAGGGCCGAAACAACAGCAAGAGGGAUAAAUCCAGCUCCAGCUCCAGCUCCGACAGCGACUGAGCCCGACAACGAUUUUAAAGGAAUAGAUUGGAAGUUUUGAAGUCUGUCCCUAUCUUACUAUCUAUGUAGUAUGCAGCAUCAGCGUCCCAUCCAGAGAGAGACGUAUUCACAUUCCUCAUUCUGAGCAUAGAAACCCACUACACAGUUACUAACAUGGUUGUACAAAAGUUCACCGAAAACUAAAUGCUGCACUAGCAGUGAGGACCAGGUGUGUUUUUAGUUUUACAUGACUAGAGGAAGUCCGUUUGAAGGCAGUUUUUUUAUUUUGGAUUCUUUGGUAAAUUAUAUUUUGACUUUACAAUAGUUGCAAUUUCAAACUGAUUUUACUGCAACAGAGAUCCUUUUUUUAAAUGUCUUUCCCCCAUGAGGACAUUUUCUCCUGAUUUUGUUUCAAUGUUAUUUAACUCUGUUGGUUUUGGGGAUAUGGACCGUCUCUAAAUUUGGCAAAUGUCUGAUGUUAACUUGUCUUUUCUUUCUUUUUUCUUUUACAACUAUCAAUCUGGAAGAGAACACUUACUUUCUUGCAUGCUUGUCCCUGUUAUUGUUAGAUGAAAUAUGUACAUCAUGACUUUCUUUUUGUACAUCCAUGACCUUGUACUGUAAUCCUAUUUGUUAGCUGUGUUGAUAAACCCCUGGUUUGAUUUUUGAAUAGAAGACAUUUCAGUCAUGCUGUAAGUACAACAUAAAAUCAAUUUGUAUAAAUUG